AUGUCUUCAGGUCACAUGCCUUCGACUGAGGAUUGGAUGCAGAUCUUGGUUAGUAGAACUAAACCAAGCCCUGACGUUCAGCCUCUGGAAAUGGGGACGCAAACUCCAAGUCCCACUGAGGACCAGCCACAGGGUUCUCAGCAGCAGCCACAGGCAACCCAGCAGGCACUGGGCUCGCCCGUCCAAUUGCAGCAGCAGCAAUCGCACACGCAGUACCAUUAUCCCUGCGCUACUAGCUCGGCUGUGGCUAGUCCAUCUCCACUCGCGUUUAACGCGAAUAUGCCGAUGUAUACCCAGUAUCCACAGGUGGCCCAUGCGCAGGUGGCUGGCAUCCACCCUGGUCAGCAGGACCAGCAGGACCAGCAGCAGCAGCACCAGUCAUAUCAGCCGUACCAGAUGUACGUUAGCGCUUCCGCUAGCACUGCCGGCGGUGGCACGCAGUUCCACCAGCCACAGUACCCUCUGCCUCCUUUGCCUAAGGCACGAUCGGUAACCCACCCCACCGAACAUUCCGACGCACUCUUAUCACCCGAGAAUAGCUUCGUUUCUCAGUCUUCCGUCUAUUCUCCACACCCACUCCUCACUCCUCCCUCCUUCGACGUCUCUGGAAAAACCGCCAACAUUUCUUUCCAGCAGACCCCCCACCACCGCGCGGUCGCCGCGGGCGUCGUCGUCAACGGUAAUUCGAGCGCGCUGAACACCCCGCGCACGGGUCCGACGACUACCCCGGCCACCCCGGUGACGAUGCCCACCAACGAGAUCGCUCCCUCCGGAUCUCUUCGCUCGCCUCCCGAGGCCAUCUACGCCACCUUCGACGAGCUGAUCGGCUCAAUUCAGCGCGUUGCGAAGGAUCAGGGAUACGGCAUCGUCAAACUUCGGGCUAGCAACUAUCGCGACCACAAACCGACGCGUUACGACCUAGUCUGCGAUCGUGGCGGCGUGAAGUACAACAGCACCGCGAAGAAACGCAAUCCAAGCACUAGGAAGGUGGAUUGCCCUUGGCGCGCGAAGGCUGUCUGCGAGGUUCAGCUUCAGAACCAGUGGCGCUUUCAGGUGCAGUGUGACCAGCACAACCACGAGCCCCGGAUUCAGAGCGGCAAUCCCGGGCAAGAGAACACCCCGACCGCACAGAGUAUCCGCAGCUUCACCAACAAGCUGGAUCGGAUGAAUCACGAGCUCUUCCAGGCUAUGGAGCGUCUCGAACAACACCUAGAUCGCAUCGAGAAGAAGGUGGACGGUAUGGAUGCGCACCUCCACUCCGUCGACAAUCGUCUGACCAACUUGGAAUCUCGCGGGGCUGGUAUGGACGUCCCCAUGGAUAACAUGGAAAUGGGAGGACCCAUGUUGGAUGGUCCCGUGAUGUAGGGCUAUAAUCGGGCCUCGAUGGAUAUAAUCGCCGCAUAUUCGACUAGGAUGGGACGAUACCGAUGCUAGAGUGACUAAGCUCGGCGUGCGACGAACGGUAUCGUGACGGGAAAGAAGGAACAGAACAGACGCGAAUUACUUCACUAGGUUAGGUACAUUGGCGUUUAUAGGGAAAGGGCUUAAUUUGCGAAUGACCUGCAUUGCGAUGCGAUGCAUUGCUUGGUGGCACUUUGACUGUGAUGGCGAGGGAAAAGUAGUUCCUGGUUUCUGGCCUUCUGGUUAUCUAUUAAGGCGUAUGGCAAGUGAGCAGUAAAUUACUAAUUCUUUUAAGGCGGCUCGAUGGCUUUGGUAAACGCGGAAUACGGCAACGAGCUUCACCACUCCUGCGUCUAGAAGCGUCUGGUAUCAACGGUAUCAACGGUUUUCCUUCGACUCGAAACAUGGUUCGCAUCGGAUUUCGAUUCGCUUUUCUGGUUCGGUCGAAUACAUCAAAGGCUGCUGCUUAAUGUUAGAUGAUGGAAGCAAGGUUCAAUACUAUCAGACGUCGU